GUUGCUCGUUUCGGUCUGAAGGGGGCGGAAGUUUGUGUGUGUCACUUCCUGAUCCGGGGAGGGGAAGCGCGUGCGCUUGUUUAUCCUCGGUUUUUUAUUACGAGCUGCAAAUUACAGAGUUUUCAGACUGUGGUCCUGGAGGCUCGUAUGCUGGGUUUCUUGAACUCGACAUGUUCUGUGACCGCCAGAGAUUAGAGUUGUGAAUAGAGACUUUUAGAAGGACGGACUAGAGUUUGGAUGUUCUGAGCGCCCUGACGCGGAAAACGCUCUAUUUUCCUCGAAGGCGGCAGGUCCAGCGGGGUUCAAGCCAUGUCGGACGGACGGAUCUACGUGGGAAACCUUCCCAUGGACGUCCAGGAGAGGGACAUUGAGGAUCUCUUCUUCAAAUACGGAAAACUUCGGGAUAUUGAGCUGAAGAACAACAGAGGCACCAUCCCGUUUGCCUUCGUGCGAUUUGAGGACCCACGGGAUGCGGAGGACGCCGUCUUUGGAAGGAAUGGAUAUGGAUUUGGAGACUGUAAGCUGCGUGUGGAAUAUCCACGAUCUUCCGGAUCCAAAUUUAGUGGACCUGCAGGAGGAGGAGGAGGACCGCGGGGAAGGUUUGGGCCCCCGUCGCGCAGAUCUGAGUUUCGCGUUAUUGUGACGGGUCUUCCUCCCUCUGGCAGCUGGCAGGAUCUGAAGGACCACAUGCGGGAGGCUGGAGACGUGUGUUUCGCUGACGUGCAGCGUGACGGCGAGGGUGUGGUCGAGUUCCUCAGACGUGAGGAUAUGGAGUACGCACUGAGACGCCUGGACAGCACAGAGUUCAGAUCUCACCAGGGAGAGACGUCCUAUAUCAGAGUGAUGGAGGAGCGGGGCACAAGCUGGGGUCGCUCGCGCUCCCGCUCCAGGUCUCGAGGACGAUACUCACCCCCGCUCCAGAGCAGAGGGUCACCGCCGCCCCGUUACCGUUCGCCCCCGCGUCACAUGACCCGCCAUAGCCCACCCUCCCGCCGAGCACCGCUCCAGCAUCACAGCCCGCCCCCGCGCCACUAUCGAUGAGCGGCCUUCUCCACCGCCACGACCCCUUUUCUUUCUCUAUUUUGUAAUUUAUAGUCCAUUGUAGGAACCCAAUUGGCCUUAUUCACCGUUCAGUUCAUGGAGAGCUUGCGAAUAUGUUAAUGAUCACGUGGAUGAUGCUGCAUAUUUUUACAGAUGUGGUUAUGAUUGUGAAAGUUCUGAAGAUGAAUAACCUGUUUUGUCCCAA